UUUGACACCCUUAGUUUUAAGGAUGUAGUGUUGGAGGAGUUGGAGAUGGUCGGAGGGAGGGUAGAAACCAAACGAUAGUGUGAGAUGGACGUCGUGUCCGUAGACGUUUUGACUUUUCCGUCUGUUUUUCCCGUCACAGACUCCGAGGAAGUGAUCGACAACAGGAUCCUCAGAACAGUUUCCCUCAACACGUUGCUGUUCGUCUACAUGGUCCUAGUGUGCGUCCUGGUCUUGUCUUCUUGUUACCUUGCCUUCAAGAUCGUGUCUUUGGAGGAGACUCUGUCCACACUAGGCUCCGUCGUAGAGUUCACCCACCACAGAGAGAGUGACUUCCUGCGGAGCAACUCCGACCUGAACACAAAGUUUUUCUCCGAACUCCUGACCAUCAACCUGAUGAAGCUGGAGAAGGUGCAGAAGAAUCUUCAGAGGCUGUUGGAUGAAGCGGCCUGAAAGUGAACUAAAAACCAGAGUGUAAAUAUCCUGUAAAUACAUGUCGUGGGUGUGUGAGCAGAUGUUACAAAUAUACUGUUUUUAGAAAACUGCGACUGAAGAAGAAGAAACUUCGUAAAGAACGACUUCUUCGAAUGUCGACUUUUGUCCUACAGUGGGAAAAAUUGCGUGACUUUUUCAGCGAGAAUUUACGUUUUGGAUUUACAGUGGAGUUUUGUAGCAACUGUUGCUAAUGAAUUGAACCGGACGGGGGCUCCACAGAGGGCGCUGUAGAGCAAUUUGGGAACCAGGGACUUAUUCGACUGUUACAACAGACCAGCAUCACUGUGAUUCUGUAAAUACUGAAUUAUCCACAGAUACACACUAGGAAAUGUUGUUUUAUUUUUGUCCGAGAAUUUUAAAAAAAUGCGCUGAAGUACUAACUCAAAGUAUGUGUACUUUUACAUUUUCCAGGUACAAACACAGUAUUUUCAAACCUGUCUGUGAUUCUCUUCAAGAUUAAAAAAAAUUACUUAUAUAAUAAUAACAA